AUGUCUUUAGCUCAACGCAAAUCGCACGCCUUGACUGCACUCUUGAUUGAAGUGAGCAGCCAGCUUGACGAUGAGAGCAAGAAGAGAGUUGAGGAUACCUUGGCAUCUUUCGAAGACGACACGCCGCCUCCUCCACCAACACCUGCUCUCUCUCAUGGCAAGCGCGCAAGAAGAGCUUCGUCACCUUCCCCCAAUGACGAUGCUCUGAGCGCCACCUCUGUAGAUGGCGGAGAAGCUCACGUCUCAGCUUCAGUCGGCUCCAACGAAGAUCUAGACUUCGUCCAAGAGGACAUUCUCAAUACGGAUGAGGCAGACAACACGGGCUACAUGGGUCACAAUUCGCACGUUCAGUGGCUCAGAGCCCUGGAAACCAAGAUCGAACAGCCCGAGGGCGAACCUGCCAACAUGCCCUACGGGCCACCGGGCGUCGACGGCGACGCCUUUAACCAGCGUGCUGAAGCGCUUCACGGGCGUCAGCAACAGAGCCAUACUCGCCCUUCUCCGCACCAUGACAAAUUUUCUGGCUACUACUUUUACCUUGACAAAUCCAGCAUCGACAUCGAUGUUGGUGAUCCACACGUCAUACCCUCUGCUGAGUCGGCUGAGAGGCUGUUCGACUACUACAAAGCAGUUGUGCAUAGUCCAUUCCCCAUUUUAGGUGACAUGUUCGAAGCUCAACUGAAAACGUACUUUGCCAAGGAUCAGGGUAGUCCUACGCUGGUCGUCUGCCCAAAGUGGAAAGCUGUUAUGAACCUCGUAUUCGCUAUUGGCGCACGCUAUUCUCAUCUCAUCGGCGCCGAAUGGCAAGCCGACGAUCGUGAUCACUUAGUGUAUAUGUGGAGAGCAAUCCAUCUAUUGCAGCUCCAAAGCAUUGAUACUCUCGUUGCGCAGCCAGAUCAAGCGCUGAUUCAGGCAUUUGGGCUUCUGUCUUUCUACUACUUGACAAUAGGUCAUGUCAGCAGAGCUUGGUACAUGAUUGGCAUCGCCCUUCGACACGCACAGGCCGCAGGCUUGCACCUCAGACACGAAGACCCUUCCAUGUCUCCCAAGAGAAAGAAGGCCCUGGCCCAGAUUUGGUGGUCACUUUACUCCAUCGAAUGUGUUCUUACUUGCAUAACUGGGCGCCCACGCACAGUAAGCGCCAUUGACUGCACUGUACCGCCACCAGGCGCAAAGGGUACAGAACUGGAUUCAUCAUCUCGCGAAACCACCACAUCAGCUGCAAUCAGGCAGGCAUCUGAGUCUUCUGCGGGCGAGUCCAUGAUCAAAACCAGCGUCGAUCCGUUUGACGUAGCCUACGUUAGGAUCGACAUCCUCAUGGACAAGAUUUUGUCUGGCUUGUAUUCCGCCCAAAAGUCUGCCAAGUCCUGGAAGUCUGCCCAAAAGGAGAUUGCUUCGCUAUCUGACGAUUUAGAAGCCUGGGCCUUGCACUCCCUGGUUCGGGGUCCAGCAACAGCGACUGCUGCCACUUCAGAGAGCAACCUGAGCCGAGAGCAGGUGCUGCUCUACAUCUAUUACCACAACGCCAAGAUUUGCAUCACCCGGCCCUGUCUAUGCCGGCUAGACCUGCGCAUAAAGGGCCAGAGCGAACAGUCGACUCGAUUCAACCAGAAGUCUGCUGAGGCCUGCAUAGGUGCAGCUCUAGAUCUCACUUCCAUGUUGCCAGAUCCUCCCAACCCUGCGUGGUUUUACGGACACGCUUGCAUCGAUAAGCUCAUACGAUGGUUGAAUUCGAUGAAACCCGUCGACGCAGUCAGCGAGAACGCAUACAAUGUUAUCGCCAGAGUCAUGAAUAAGCAGACUAAAGAAGAGGCGGCCCGUCGUCGACUACCUCAGCCACAAAUGACGGAUCAGCACCAAAAGCAGCAAGAUAUAGAGCAUAUGACCUUUGACUCACAGCAGCGAUAUCAGCCGUACAGUCAACCUCUUACGUUGCAGCAGUCAGAUGUUGCAUGGCCAAGCGCUGACCCAUUCAAUAGCAACAUCUACUCGCAGUCCAACGCAGGCAACUUCGAUCUCUACAACGCUCCUGGCGGCGAUAUUUUGAACGAUCCCACCACUGGGCUAACAGAAUACGGUCAGCCUCUGAAUCUGUUCUAUGGAAAUCCCUACGAAUCGACUUUCGAUCACUGGGAAUGGGAUCCAGCGGCUUUCCAGGAUCCAGAUCAGCAAGGUUAUCCAGGAUAUGAAGGGUAUGAUCCAGGUGGUGGCUAG